CCGGUUAUACAUGGAAAAAAAAAGGGUGAAAUUAAAAGUCAUGGGAAAACGACGUCAAGUGUUACUACCUCAAAUUUAAAAAUUUGAACAAAAAUCCUGCAGAUUCCAUACAUAGUUGGUGUCCCCCAAAACACCCUUUUCUCUCUCCUCUGCCGUCUGCUCCCAACAAGCUGUAGUAGUAGUAGACGAACUUCUGUGCCCAGCAAACAUAUCCUUCCUUAUUUCCUUACUAAAUUUAUUCACAUAAUUUAACUCUCGUGACUCUCACUUCUUUUCCCUCCUUUCUUUACCUUCAUUUUUUCCCCUUUAAUUUAUUUUCAUUUUCUCUCUCCUCCGGCGUUCAAAGAUCCCUCAUUUUCUCUCUCAUUUCAUCAAAGGUCGACGCUUUUCUUCAAUUUCUAGCUUCUGCAAUCCUUUUUGGGUAAUUGUCUGGCAAGGGUUUGGGUGAAGUGAGGCUUGUGGAGCCCUCGAAUGUUUGGAAUUUGAUAGUGAAAUGACAAUGGAUCGAACACCCAAUACGUCUCACAGUUCGAGAUUCUCUUCCAUUAGUGCUAAUGGGAAUGGAUCUCCUUCCCACUCGAGUGCCUUUUCCAAUGGAGAUGACUAUGACAGUGAUGGUACAACGAACUUUGCUCCGCCUACACCAAUGACACUGUCGAUGUCCAUUCCAGCUGAACUUGCAGGGGCAAUUCCCUUAAUCAAUAAAUUUCAGGUGGAGGGUUUUUUAAGAGCAAUGCAGAAACAGAUUCAGUCCUCUGGAAGACGUGGCUUUUUCUCCAAGAAAUCCUCUGGUCCUCAGAACAGGGAGAAGUUCUCUUUUGAGGAUAUGCUUUGCUUCCAGAAGGAUCCGAUUCCAACUUCCUUGCUUAAAAUCAGUAGUGAUUUGGUGACUCGUGCUACAAAGCUGUUUCAAACAAUUUUGAAGUACAUGGGAGUUGAUUCUUCAGAUAGAGUUACUCCAACAAGUUUAGAUGAAAGAAUUGAACUGGUUGGAAAACUGUUUAAGCAUACCUUGAAGCGUUCAGAGCUUCGGGAUGAGCUUUUUGUACAAAUCUCAAAGCAAACCAGGAACAAUCCAGACAGGCAGUUUUUGAUCAAAGCAUGGGAGCUCAUGUACUUAUGUGCAUCGUCGAUGCCUCCAAGCAAGGAAAUUGGUGCAUAUCUCUCCGAAUACUUCCACAAUGUUGCAUAUGGUGCAAAUGUAGACCCUGACAUUCAGUUGCUUGCUCAAAACACUUUGAAUGCUUUAAAACGUUCUAUUAAGGCUGGACCUAGGCAAAUAAUUCCUGGACGAGAAGAGAUAGAAGCUCUUUUAACUGGUAAAAAGCUUACAACAAUUGUGUUCUUCUUGGAUGAAACCUUUGAAGAAAUCACCUAUGACAUGUCAACAACUGUAGCAGAUGCAGUUGAGGAACUUGCAGGAAUCAUCAAACUGUCUACAUACUCUAGCUUCAGUUUGUUUGAGUUUCGCAAAGUUGUUCCAGGUUCUAAAUCAAGUGAUACUGGAACUGAGGAGUAUAUUGGGUUAGAUGAAAACAAAUACAUUGGCGAUCUCCUUGCGGAUUUCAAAGCAGCAAAAGAGCGCAGUAGAGGGGAAAUCUUGCAUUGCAAAUUGGUUUUAAAAAAAAAGCUGUUUCGGGAGUCUGAUGAAGCUGUGACUGACCCAAUGUUUAUGCAGUUGUCGUAUGUUCAAUUGCAACAUGAUUAUAUACUGGGUAACUACCCUGUCGGAAGAGAUGAUGCUGCGCAGUUGUCUGCUCUGCAGAUCUUGGUUGAGAUUGGAUUUGUUAGUCACCCAGAGUUGUGCACUGAUUGGACUUCACUUUUAGAGAGAUUUUUACCAAGACAAAUUGCAAUAACCCGUGCAAAGCAGGACUGGGAGGUGGAUAUUAUUUCUCGAUAUCACUUGAUGGAUAAAUUGUCCAAGGAAGAUGCCAGGCAACAGUUUUUAAGGAUCUUGAGACUGCUUCCCUAUGGCAAUUCUGUAUUUUUUAGUGUCCGCAAGAUUGACGAUCCCAUUGGCCUUUUACCCGGGAAGGUUAUCCUAGGAAUCAACAAGCGUGGGGUUCAUUUUUUCCGGCCAGUUCCUAAAGAGUAUUUGCAUUCAGCCGAGCUAAGAGAUAUUAUGCAGUUUGGUAGCAGCAAUACUGCUGUGUUCUUCAAAAUGAGGGUUGCUGGUGUUCUCCACAUCUUCCAGUUUGAGACUAAGCAGGGUGAAGAAAUAUGUGUUGCUCUUCAGACGCACAUAAAUGAUGUAAUGUUGCGACGCUAUUCUAAAGCAAGAACUGUUGCCAACAAUGCAACAAAUGGAGAAGCUCCCAACAGUUCUAAGCCUCCUGCUGCUACUCCUACUGCUGAAGCUUAUGAGAAGCAACUUCAAGAUUUGUAUAACUCUAUUGAAGAAUCUCAAAAGCAUAUCGAUCAAUUAUUAGGAGAGUUAAAAGAAAAACAUAAGGUAGAGGAGAAUUUGCAAGAAGAGUUGAGUGCCUUGAAAGAAUCCUUAAAGAUUGAGAGGCGAAAUGUGGGAAAGAUAACAGCCGAACGUGACAGAUUGAGCUCCUUAUACGAUGAAAAGGAAGCUGAAUUUCAGUCAGCAGUGAUGGAAAAAAAUAGCUUGGAAAUGAAAUUAGCAAAGCUCAAUGAUACAUUAUCUGAGCAAAAUGCGCAGCAGGACUUGCCAGGAGCAAAUAAUCAGGAUUUGAGUAAAAUACAUGAUGAGUUGAGAGUGCGAAGUGAAGAAUUGCAUCGUGCUGAACAAACAGUGAAAAGACUUGUAGAGGAGAAGUUAUCAAUGGAACAAAAUAUUCGAAGGCUUGAAAGGAAACAUACAGAGGAGAAUGAGAAUGUUGGGAAAGAUUUUGAGAAAGAACGUCAAACCUUGAAGCUUCAAAUCUCUGAACUUGAGAAGAGGUUGGAGGGGAUGAAAAAUGAUUUAGAGAUUGCCGAAUCAAAACUUGAAGCCAAAGAGUCAGAUCUGUCUGUCUUACAAAAUAAUCUGAGAGAACUAGAGGAACUCAGGGAAAUGAAAGCGGAUAUUGAUAGGAAAAAUGAGCAAACUGCGGCUAUCCUGAAAAUGCAAGCUGCACAAUUGUCCGAGUUGGAAGUGCUGUAUAAGGAAGAACAAGCAGCGAGGAAGAGAUAUUUUAACAUGAUUGAAGACAUGAAAGGCAAGAUUAGAGUCUAUUGUCGUGUAAGGCCACUAAGUGGUAAAGAAAAAACUGAUAAUGAAAAGAGCAUUGUCAUAAGUUCAGAUGAAUUUACAAUUGAACAUCCAUGGAAAGAUGAAAAGGCUAAGCAACAUAUUUAUGAUCAUGUUUUUGAUGGAAGUGCAACCCAAGACGAUGUUUUUGAGGAUACCAGGUAUCUAGUGCAAUCUGCUGUGGAUGGAUUUAAUGUUUGCAUAUUUGCCUAUGGUCAAACUGGUUCUGGAAAGACAUAUACCAUAUAUGGAACAGAAAGUGAACCUGGACUUACCCCACGUGCCACGUCGGAACUUUUCAAAAUCUUGAAAAGAGACAACAAGAAGUUUUCAUUUUCAUUGAAGGCUUAUAUGUUGGAGCUGUAUCAAGAUACAUUAAUGGAUCUUCUAGUACCAAAAAAUGCAAAGCGAUUGAAACUAGACAUCAAGAAAGAUUCGAAGGGGAUGGUCAAUGUUGAAAAUGUGACAGUUGUACAUGUCUCUACGUAUGAGGAUUUGAGAAGUGUUAUUCAGAAAGGAUCCGAGCAAAGGCAUAUAUCAGGAACCCAUAUGAAUGAGCAAAGUUCAAGAUCUCAUCUUAUACUUUCAAUUAUCAUUGAAAGUACUAAUCUUCAAACGCAAUCUGUAUCUAGAGGAAAGUUAAGUUUUGUUGAUCUUGCUGGAUCUGAACGAGUGAAGAAGUCAGGGUCUGCAGGUAGUCAAUUGAAAGAAGCUCAAAGCAUCAACAAGUCACUUUCGGCUCUUGGCGAUGUUAUUAGCGCAUUAUCCACCGGCGGGCAGCAUAUACCAUACAGAAAUCACAAAUUAACAAUGUUGAUGAGUGAUUCUCUUGGUGGCAAUGCGAAGACACUGAUGUUUGUUAAUGUGUCUCCCGCUGAAUCAAAUUUAGAUGAGACCUACAACUCCUUAACGUAUGCGUCAAGAGUUCGAUCCAUUGUAAAUGAUCCGAACAAAAAUGUUUCAUCAAAAGAAGUUGCUAGGUUGAAGAAGCUCGUUGCUUAUUGGAAGGAGCAAGCAGGUAGAAGAGGGGAUGACGAAGAUCUUGAGGAGAUACAAGAUGAAAGGCCUACACCAAGAGAUAAAUCUGAUGGCCGUCAUUCCAUGUAAGUUGUAUAUCUUGUUACCUUGAAGAUGACGAGUCAAUUUUCCUGAGGUGGGGAUACCUUCAUUGUGCUUUAGGAGUGCCUUGGGUUCCUCUAUUGUGGCGGUCUGACAGAGUAGUUGUAGAUCCAUGAUGCCAUUGAACCAUCUUGCUCUAGGUUUCAUGUAUGUCAGUCUCUUCCACUCAGGGCUUUGGUGGUUAUGUGAUGAUCAUCAAACUGUAUAGGCAGAAAUAUGAAAUUUGUGUAUAUUUUUUGUUACUCUUCUUACAUUAACAUUUUUUUUUUUUUAUUCUCACCUUUAUUGUAAUGGUUAGGUCUUUGUAACAGUAGGGAAGCCUUUGUUUUCGGUCUUGAUUUUAUUCGGAAAUUUUACAGUUAGGAAGAUUAGGAGGUAGUUUAUACCUAUAUUUCCUGGCAAACCAAGGUUGUCCUUGUUUGUCUAUUUUUAGAUCUUGGGGAAUUUUCAUUUCCCUUUAUUAAGGGAUAAUCGUGUACUGAUGAAUGAUAUGACAUUUGCGUUGAAUGUUCAAUCAAGAUGUAUGAAUGUUUUGUACAUAUACUUGGCCAGUAUCA